UGGUAGCUCAUGCUGUAUACCCUUUGAUGCUGUCUCAAGUGUUUCACUUGAAUUAUUACAGACAUUUCUUUCAACACAUAGUGAGAACCGUGGAAACACAUCAGUCUUGAAUGAGUCAUCAGGACGGUGAGCGGGUUGCCAACCUUCCUAAGUGGUCCCUGUGAAUACUCCUGGCCUCCUCUCUCAGGCUGCCUGAGAUCGCACAGGAUGACACUUCUGUGGUUUCUAAUGAGUCUCUACUUCUCUGGGAUCCUGCAAAGUGAUGCCUCAGGACUCCAUUACCUCGGACCUCUGUUUGACCUUCAUUUGGUGAUUUCUAGAGCUCUCCACUCAGAUAUUACUCUCAAGAAAAGAAAACGCUGUGAUGACUGGGGACUAGAUACCAUGAGGCAAAUCCAGGUGUUUGAAGAUGAGCCAGCUCGCAUCAAGUGCCCGCUCUUUGAACACUUCCUGAAGUAUAACUACAGCACAGCCCACUCAGCCGGCCUUACUCUGAUCUGGUAUUGGACUAGGCAGGACCGGGACCUUGAGGAGCCCAUUAACUUCCGCCUCCCCGAGAACCGCAUUAGUAAGGAGAAGGACGUGCUGUGGUUCCGGCCCACCCUGCUCAACGACACCGGCAACUACACCUGCAUGUUAAGGAACACCACAUAUUGCAGCAAAGUUGCAUUUCCCCUGGAAGUUGUUCAAAAAGACAACUGUUUCAAUUCCCCGAUGAAACUCCCAGUGCACAGACUGUAUAUAGAGCAUGGUAUUCAGCACAUCACUUGUCCAAAUGUAGACGGAUAUUUUCCUUCCAAUGUGAAACCCACCAUCACUUGGUAUAUGGGCUGUUCUAAAAUACAGAAUUUUAAUAAUGUAGUGCCUGAAGGUAGGAACUUGAGCUUUCUCAUUGCCUUAAUAUCAAAUAAUGGAAAUUACACGUGUGUUGUUACAUAUCCGGAAAAUGGACGUACCUUCCAUCUCACCAGGACUCUGACUGUGAAGGUGGUAGGCUCUCCAAAACAUGCAAUGCCCCCCCAAAUUCAUUCACCCAAUGAUCAUGUGGUCUAUGAAAAAGAACCAGGUGAAGAGCUACUCAUCCCCUGUAAAGUCUAUUUUAGUUUCCUGAAGGACUCUCGCAAUGAGGUUUGGUGGACCAUUGAUGGAAAAAAGCCAGAUGACAUCUCUGCUGAUGUAACCAUUAAUGAAAGCAUAAGUCUCACUAGAACAGAAGAUGAAAUGAGAACCCAGAUUUUGAGCAUCAAGAAAGUUACCCCAGAGGAUCUCAAGCGCAUCUAUGUCUGUCAUGCUAGAAAUGCCAAAGGCGAAGUUGAAAAAGCUGCCAAGGUGAAGCAGAAAGUGGUUGCUCCAAGAUACACAGUGGAACUGGCGUGUGGUUUUGGAGCCACGGUCCUGCUAGUGGUGAUUCUCAUCAUUGUUUACCAUGUUUACUGGCUGGAGAUGGUCCUAUUUUACCGGGCUCAUUUCGGAACAGAUGAAACCAUUUUAGAUGGGAAGGAGUAUGAUAUUUAUGUAUCCUAUGCAAGGAAUGCCGAGGAAGAGGAAUUUGUAUUACUGACCCUCCGUGGAGUUUUGGAGAAUGAAUUUGGUUACAAGCUGUGCAUCUUUGACCGAGACAGUCUGCCUGGGGGAAUUGUCACAGAUGAGACCUUGAGCUUCAUUCAGAAAAGCAGACGCCUCCUGGUUGUCCUAAGUCCCAACUACGUGCUCCAGGGAACCCAGGCCCUCCUGGAGCUCAAGGCUGGCCUAGAAAACAUGGCCUCUCGGGGCAACAUCAACGUCAUUUUAGUACAGUACAAAGCUGUGAAGGAGACGAAGGUGAAAGAGCUGAAGCGGGCUAAGACGGUGCUCACGGUCAUUAAAUGGAAAGGGGAAAAAUCCAAGUAUCCACAGGGCAGGUUCUGGAAGCAGUUGCAGGUGGCCAUGCCAGUGAAGAAAAGUCCCAGGUGGUCUAGCAGUGACGAGCAGGGUCUCUCCUAUUCCUCCUUGAAAAAUGUAUGAAAGGGACAAGGAAAUGGGUUCAAACAAACAAGAGGUGCUCCAGGAAGGGUCUUCCCAUUCAUCAUUUCCAAUUCAUGGUUUCAUAGGCAGAAAAUAAUUGCCUGGGCCUCCUCAUAGGGAUGAAUUGAGAGUGACUGGCCGGCUAUUCUCUUCCUUCAGGCGAGACUAAGAUUAGAAUGUUACUAUCAACACUUGGUCACCAGUCUCUGAUGUCACUCUGUUCUUUGCAGGCAAACAUUUGGUUAAUGUACAUUUCCCCUUCUGCAGCAUCCAUCCCUGUUCUUAUAUCUCUCUCUUUAAAAAAAAAAAAAAAAGAAAGAAAGAAAAUCUUAACAUAUGGAGCAGCCUUUCUCAUGGAUUUAAAAAUGCCUUUGAGAUAAGUCAUCUGCUGACAGAGUCGUUAGGACUUUGUGAAAAGUUGUCUUUUUCUUCUAUAUUUCACUCAUCCAUUAAAAACGGUAACCAGGGCCCAAGGUUUAGCUGAGGAAAAUGAACUCUUUGGCACGUUCAUCUGUACGAUUCACUGCCACAGCAGGACUAGCCUUCCCUUAAGAUGGUACAAAGCAAUCCAACGGAUUACAAUUGAUUUCAAGGGCUUGCCUUUCUUCUCCUAUGCCCCCUUGUCCUCCAUCUCAGGUAACUGAUGUCCUAUUUGUAAACUUGAAAAAUACAUUAUAAUUUUUGUUUCUACUGUAGUAAAUUACCUGUUAUCUGCAGGUCAACCCACAUUUUUCAUUCCAUCUCCUUAUCUCCCAUCAGUCAUUUAGAGUUUGCAGCAAGUGGCUCCAUAUCUGGUUCAGUCUGAGAGGAAACUUCUCCUAAUGGUGCUAAUCGAGAGGAAGGUAGCGGCAAAAUGCCUUAAGGACAAUUUUUGAUUUGCGAAAAGGACACAGACAGAGUGUUUGGCAAUUCGUCCUUUAAUUAUAGCCUUGCUAAUGUGAAUGCCAGGAAAGAGAUUUCUCCUUGCUUGUGUCUCUCCGUUGCAAAGUGGGGAGGUUAGACUUAGUGACCGUGAGAGUUAAUAUUAAUAUUCUGAGAGGAUUAGUUGUAUUGCCUGUAAUUUACUUUCUAGUAUAGGUAAUGCACUUGCUCCAAAUAAGUCAGUCUGAAAAGGUCACUAUCAAUGAAACUUGUUUUUGUUCUAAAUAGUAUUUUCCUGUCCGUAAGACUUGGAAAACUAAGU